AUGGCUGUUCGGUGUCGCUUCGAAUCCUCCUCUGACGUCGGUGUAUUUGCCAAUCUCACAAAUUCGUACUGUCUGGCCUCACUAUCAACUGGCUCAACGAACUUUUACUCGACCUUUGAAUCUGAGCUUAGCGAGGUAAUUCCGGUGAUCCACACCACAAUUUCGGGGACGAGGAUCAUCGGAAGACUCACUUGUGGCAACCGACAUGGUCUCUUGGUCCCCCCUACUACUACCGAUCAAGAGCUACAACACCUGAGGAACUCGUUGCCUGACACCGUGGCCAUGCAGCGGGUCGAGGAGCGACUGUCGGCUUUGGGAAACGUGAUUGCAUGCAAUGAUUAUGUGGCACUUGUCCAUCCUGACAUAGAUAGGGAAACCGAAGAGAUCAUUGCAGAUGUGCUGAAGGUCGAAGUCUUCCGUCAGACGGUUGCGAACAACGUGCUCGUAGGAUCGUAUUGCGCGCUGUCAAAUAAAGGCGCAUUAGUGCACCCAAAGACGAGUAUCCAAGCCCAGGAUGAGCUGAGUAGCUUGCUCCAGGUCCCGUUAGUUGCUGGGACGGUCAACCGGGGAUCAGACGUGAUAGGAGCCGGCUUGGUAGUCAACGAUUGGUGUGCAUUUAUCGGCUUGGACACAUCGGCCACGGAAGUCUCGGUAAUCGAGGCGACCUUCAAACUGCAAGGCCAGGAUACGUCGGCUAUUGCGGGAAUGCGGGACACAUUGAUCGAUCAGUUUGCAUAG